AACAUAAUUGCUCUCACCUAUAAAACAUCAACAAACAACUAAUUAGUCAACAAUUUAGCCCAAAGCGAGCUUAUAAUUACAAUAACUUUGUUAAACUUCAAAAUCAUCAUGAACGUUAAUAGUUGUGGUCAUUUCCGUUUACUGACCAGACCCUCCGGGAACAUGAUAACCAUGGACAGAGAAAACAAGUCAAGAAAAAAUGGAAGAUAUUUUUAUCUUCCGAAAGCAUAAACGAAAUAACAAUUUAACCAAAUAGUUAAUCACGCAAUUAGAUGACAAGGAUUACUAUUAAUAAUAACGAAUAACAGAAACUUCUGAUCUACUUUAAAUCUUUUUCUCUCUCAUUUAUCAUCUUCUAUUCUCCCUUGGAAGAUAAAGAAACAGUGGCGCUGGUAUCUCUCCAUGAGACUGGAUGGAUGAUGAGGAUGAUGGAGAGCAAAAUGUAAGAUGAAAGAGGAGGAGGUGAAAGAGAGAGAGAGAGAGAGAGAGAGAGAGAGAGAGAGAGAGAGAAUUCAUCAUGAGAGAGAAAACUGAAAAUUCUGAAGUUCUAAGCUCAUUUUUCAUGCAUUUCUCUCAUUAGUCCAGCAGAGUUUUUCUUUUCUUUUCUUCGUUCAAAUACAAGGUAAAGUUAAUCAGAUCUUGAUUAUUUCUUAAUCAUCUUUCGCUUCCUAUUUAUAUCAUGUUUCUUCAUCUCUUUCUUUUAUCACAAUGACAUUGAUCGAGCAUCAACUUUAAUUGUCUCAUUAAAUUUCUUCAUUUGUGACGUUUAUUUACAAUUCCAUUGAAAGAAACCAUCAAAACAACAACAAUUAACUUCAUCUUCAAGCAAUUGAUUAUUCAAUAGUUAAUUUCAAUAAGUUGAUUUGCUAUUUUGUUUGUUCGUCAUCUUUAAUUGCAAACAAUUAAAUUUUACGGUGAAAGCGAGAGUGACAACAUGGAAAUUAGGUGAUAGAAUAAUUAAUCUGAUUACUUCAUCAUCAUCGUUUAAAUGUGCAACACAAUUAACUAAUUGUGGUUACUUCUGGGUAAUAAUCAUUUUAAUUUGAUAGCAAUUUAUCAUAACAAAAAAUGAAUUGAAACGCUUGGUUUGUAAAUCUAAAUAGUUAUUAAUUGUUAACAAUCAUUGAACCAGUAACAUUAUCGUCCCUGAUUAUCAAAGGAAUUAUAAACAAUUUAACUUUACUCACAAUCAGAAAAAGUUUUUUCCUCGAAAAAAGUAAACAUCCUCAUCAAUAUCAUUAACUAAUCAUUACUUCAUCAGUUUUGUAAUCAUCGUAAUUAAAUCAAUUUCACCGUAAUCAAAUCAACUAAUCAACUCGUCUAUUAUUAUGUCUUAUCAAAGGACAACUUUGAUCAUAACUUUGCUCAUCUGUUUAGUUUCAGGUCAAAAUCAACAACCCAAUUGUGGAUACGAAUCAUGUCCACCAAUUAAAGAUGGAGCAAUUAACGUUCAUAUUGUCUGUCAUAGUCAUAUGGACACUGGAUGGGUAAUCACUUUCGAUGAAUAUUAUCAUAAAUAUGUUCGUGAGAUUUAUAAUUCCGUGUUGAGUGAACUUCGUAAGGCACGAGAUCGGAAAUUCAUCGCAGUAGAAACGUCGUUUUUUUCCCGUUGGUAUAAUGAACUUGGUCCAUCGACUAAAUUAGAUGUCAGAAAGCUCGUUGAUUCCGGACAAUUGGAGUUUAUUAGUGGCGGAUGGUCAAUGAAUGAUGAAGCGUGUCCUCUUUACUCAGGGAUAAUCAAUCAAAUGACCUUAGGUCAUAAAUGGUUAAACGAAAUUGGUGAAUGUGGUAUACCUAAAAUCGGUUGGCAAAUUGACCCGUUUGGACAUUCAAGAGAGUUUUCGUCAAUCUUAUCACAAAUGGGCUUCGAUGGACUGUUUUUGGGCCGAGUUGAUUAUCAAGAUAAAGACGUUCGAACUUCUCAUCGGAACCUUGAAUUCAUUUGGAAAUCAAGUCCAUCGCUUGGUAAAAAGUCUGACCUUUUCACAGGAAUAUUACCUAAUGUCUAUUGGCCUCCGAAAAACUUUUGCUUCGAUUAUAAUUGUUACGAUGAACCAGUGACGAAAUACAAUGCAAUGAGACGAGCUCGUGAAUUCAUUGAUAAGGUUGUCAAACCUUAUGCCAAAAUGUACGCAACAAACAAUACGAUCAUAACGAUGGGAAUGGACUUUUAUUUCCGUGAUGCUUAUAAUUGGUACUCAAACCUCGACCAACUUAUCGAAGCAGUAAAUACCCUUGGAGUUCGUGAGGGAGUAAAUAUGUUCUAUUCGACUCCUUCUUGUUACCUUAAAUCUCUUUACGAUGCUCAGGUUACUUGGCCCGUUAAAGCCGAUGAUUUCUUCCCUUAUGCUGAUGCUUACAACACCUACUGGACGGGUUACUACAGUUCGAGGCCAACGCUAAAACAAUUUAUUCGCUAUGCAGAGUCAUUGUUGGUCACGGCGAAGCAACUCAAUGUCCUCGCACUUUUGGGACCCGAACAGAGUAAACUACACACACCAUUGGAAAAAGUUCUUGGAAUUCUGCACCACCAUGAUGCUAUUACAGGAACUUGUAAACAAAAGGUUGCCGAUGAUUAUGCUAAGCAAUUACAUGAAGGAAUUCAGCACGUUGAAGAAUCAAUUGUGGCCUCAAUGAACCGAAUUCUCUUCCCUCGAGGUCCUCUCCAUUCAGAGGCUAUUCAUUUCUGCCAUUUACUUAAUCAUUCACAUUGCGAGGUCGUUCAAAGGAUGUCCAGUGUUUCAGCUAAUAAUGUUUUAGUCCACGUUUUCAACCCGUUGGCCAGUCCCGUUAAACAUUAUAUCAAAUUACCUGUUGAUCAAGGAGCGUAUGAGGUUUUCACAAGCGAUCGCACUAAUGUUGACUAUCAGUUACUUCAUUUACCUGAAGCCGUAAGAGCUUUGCCUUUACGGUCUAUCGAUACACCGUACGAAUUAAUCUUCAGGGCUUCAUUACCCGCUCUUGGAUAUACAACUUUUCUGGUUCGCAAAAUAAAUGGACCUGAUCUUGCUCCUCCAAGACGUUUAUCUGGACCCAGUGAGAAUCCUGGUGAAGUUACAAUUGAAAACAAUAAAAUGGCCUUAAAGUUCAAUCAGGCAACAGGAUUAUUGAAGGAAAUUAUUCUUGCUGAUGGUCGUCGACUUGAUUUCAAGCAGAAUUUUCAUCUUUAUCGAGGUUCAACGGGAAGUUAUAGUGAAAAAGCUUCCGGGGCUUAUGCUUUCAACCCAACACCAGAAGGCUCCAGCCCAGCAGCAAGUCAGGUCACUUAUCAUGUAACUAAAGGAGAUUUAGUUCAAGAAGUUCAUCAAAUUUUCAAUGAAUAUAUUAGUCAAACUAUUCGGCUUCAUCAACAUAGCGAUUCAAUUGAAUUUGACUGGAUAAUUGGACCCAUACCAAAGGGCAAUUGGUAUUCUGACCUCGGGAAGGAGAUUGUUACUCGAUAUGAAACUGACUUCCUCUCAAACGGUACUUGGUGGACUGAUUCUAAUGGCCGUGAAGCCAUAAGAAGAACACGCGAUCAUCGACCAACAUGGAAUCUGGUCACAAGCGAAAAUGUAGCGGCCAAUUAUUAUCCGAUUUCUGCGUGGACUUUCAUUCGUGAUUAUGAGCGUAAUCUGCAAUUAACUGUAUUACCUGAUCGACCACAAGGUGGAUCGAGUUUGAUUGAUGGUUCACUCGAGCUGAUGCUUCAUCGGAGGCUAUUUUAUGAUGAUGGAUUCGGAAUGGAAGAGGCUCUCGAUGAAGCUGGAAGUGAUUCUCGAGGCUUGAUUGUCAAGGGUCGACAUCAUGUUAUAUUAUCUGAUAUUCGUCCGAGCGUUCAGAAAAUGCGAACAAUGUCCAAGCAACUUGCUCUUCCUCCACUGACCAUGUUCAGAGCUCUCACAGAUCCAGGAAUAAACCAUUUAGAUCGACCUGAACGAUUCGACUUCAGUGGACUUCACCGAAAACUUCCAGUCAACAUUCACUUAUUGAGUUUUGAGAGAUGGGACGAUAAUAAGCUACUCAUUAGGUUAGAACACUUUUUCGAAGUUAAUGAAGAUAUGAAAUACUCUCGACCCCGUCGAGUCUCACUGAGAGAUCUUUUUGAACCUUUACGAAUAACAUCGGCCCAAGAGGUCGCACUUAACGUUGUCCAAGAUCGACGAGCGACAGAAAAACGUAGACUACGAUUCGUAUCGCGAUUUGACCCUUACUUUAAUUACACCAAUUUGCUCAGUCAAAUUGAUCCCAACGAUCAAAGUAAUCACGGUGAUGGACAAGAAUCGUUGAUGGUGAUUCUUUAUCCAAUGGAUAUAAAAAGUUAUUUAGUUACUUUUGAAGCGAAAAGAAUUUGUUUUGGUUCAACUUAUUCGAACAGAGCGAGAAAUUAUCCUUUUAAUUGUUAAUCUCUCUCAGUGUAAAUUGUCUUAAUCUCUUGAUCGAUUGGAGUAAAUUUAUUUAAUUUUAUACCUUCCACAUAAAAGAGAUGAAAGAUCAAUCCAAUUAAUUAUU